AGCUUCCACCCUGGUCUCCUCUUUAGCCAAAUCCCUUCAACACAGCUGUGGAUUACUACUGUCAACGGUUCCUUAAACCCCCUUCAUUCCGUUCUAUUCACCUUCCGACUUCAGUCUCCCUCGUCCAGUCUCUGCACGAGCUCCUGGCUCUCCUUCAGUCUGCACGGUCUCUCCUUCAGUCUGUUCUGUCUCUCCUUCAGUCUCUUCUGUCUCUCCUUCAGUCUGUUCCUUCUGUCCUUCUGUCCUUCCAUCCAUCCUUCUAUCCAUCUGUCUCCCAUCAGUGGUCUGGUCCAGUCGGUCGGUGGGGUGGUCAGCAUGGUCAAUGGUGCGAGGCUCGCUCCCUCGUGUCCGCCAUGUCUACUGUGUCUGUGAGGAAGAAGUCCCUGGUCAGCCGGUCACACAGUAGAAUGUGUGUUCAGAAGCAGAUAGACCUCACAUCCAUGGCCUCUCUGGAGAUGUGUUGGCCGGCCCCCAUGCGGGCCAUCGGGGCCCAGAACCUCCUCACCAUGCCAGGGGGCGUGUCCACCUGUGGCUACCUGCACAAGAAAGGAGGCAGCCAGUUCAGCCUCAUGAAGUGGCCUCUACGGUACAUCAUCCUCCACAAGGGCUGCGUCUACUACUUCAAGAGCAGCACCUCUGCUGCUCCCCAGGGGGCCUUCUCCCUCAACGGCUACAACAGGGUGAUGCGGGCGGCGGAGGAGACCACCUCCAAUAACGUGUUUCCCUUCAAGAUUGUCCACUUCAGCAAAAAACACAGAAUCUGGUUGUUCUCUGCAGCCAGUGAGGAGGAGAGGAGGAAGUGGAUGAAGUCUUUGCGCAAGGAGAUUGACCAUUACAACGACCGGAGAGAGUCCCUGAUCACUUUCGAGACCGACUCUGAUGACGAGAGCUUCUAUGGGAGCAUAGAACGACCCAUGGAUAUUAAACACUCUGAGGACCACACAGAGGAUGACUAUAUGGAGGAAGAUGAAGAUGACGAUGAGGAAGACUAUGUCAAACCUGACAGUUCCCCAACAUCGACAGUGGUUGACUCCAGGUCCUUCGCAGGUCGUCCCAACGUCCCUCCCCCGGCCUACCCUCCCCCCCCAGUGCCCGCCCCACCCCGCUCUCUGACCUCUGACCCCUCCUACAGGUUUAGCAAGGGCCCCACCCUCCCACCCCCCGUGCCCCCGCCCAACAAACUGUCCCCGAGCUUCCCACCCAGAAAGACUCCCCCACCCUUCCUCCCCCCCUCUAUCCUCAAGGACCCCGGGAGGAAAGGAGCCCCCAGCAGCUCUCUGGCCCCGCCCCUCCCGCCGCCCCCUAACACCAAGAGGCUCCUCCUGGGGCGGGGCUUGGUGCUCCCGGAACAACGCCCCUCCGAGGUCUGGAAGACUCCGCCUGCCAUCGGCAAACUUCUGGAGCACUGCAUGCUCAACGACCCCGCCGCCCUCAAAAGUCCCCGGGGGCUGCCCGGUAACCAAGGCAAAUUAUCGCCGCCGCCGCUGCCUCCUCCCAUUCCCGCUCCCUGCCCCCCCUCGUCCCACCCGGCCCGCCCUGCUCCUCCCACCCACCCUCCGCAACCCCGGACAGGCCAAGGACCAGCCUCCCCCAAGCCCCCCCCCGCCCCGCCAAACCUUGCCAUACCACCUAUCCCACCGACCACGCCCAUUUGGACACCGACCACGCCCAUUUGGACACCGACCACGCCCACUUGGACACCGAUCACGCCCACUUGGACACCGAUCACGCCCACUAGGUCACCGACCAUGCCCACUUGGACACCGACUACCACCACUCGGACAACGACCAUGCUCACUCGGGCACCGACCAUGCCCACCCGGGCCCCGACCAUGCCCAGUGUAGCUGAGAAUGCAACGCAAAGAGAGUCCCCAGAUGGUCAGAGUUUCCGGACCUCAGUGGACGAGAUGCCGGAGACCGGCAGGAGAAAGUCAGGCCUGAUCCAGAGAGGGGAAGACUCGGAUGACGACUAUGAGAAUGUUCAGCUACCAGACUCAGUCUUCAUUGACACGACAGAAACCAGCAGCGUAGAGAAGUUGUUUAAAGAGACAUCCUCAGCGCCCCACGAUGGACUAUAUGGAAUCAGAAACUCAGGCACUAAAACGAACAAGGUGCUCGUGGUAUGGGAUGUGAGUGUGGGGAAAGCCAGGAAUUACCGUCUGUUUGAAGAGGACAAGAGAGUGUUUCUGGACAUUGACGUAACCUUCCUGUCCCUGGAGGCGCUGGUCGAACACUACCAUACCCACCCUCUGCCUCACCACGGCUCCCUUUGUCUGCAGACACCUUACGGGGACGCCCACCCCAGGUGACCCCUGACCCUCAGUCUGCAGACACCUUACGGGGACGCCCACCCCAGGUGACCCCUGACCCUCUGUCUGCAGACACCUUACGGGGACUCACACCCCAGGUGACCCCUGACCCGCUGUCUGCAGACACCUUACGGGGACACACACCUGGUGACCUCCAACCCCUGACCCUCUGUCGGUCAUCUUAGCCUUCGGUGGAUUAAACCUUUCACCUCUUACCCUCUAACCUGGGGUCACUAGAAGACCUGGAGCUCAACAAGUCAACCAGCGGACUGGUUCCAUGUGGUGGUCUGGAGGACAGCUCCAGAAGGGCAGCGUCUGUUCCAGUGGGAUGUACUACUUCUGAUACUACUAGUAGUAGAACCAGGCAUACACGAGAGAGUUAUCCAAUCAGACUACAGAAGGAAAGCACUGCCUGUCGUAGUAAGGAAUAUUUCCAAUGCUGACCUGAGACUAGGUCUUAUGGAGAAUGGGUGGAACACAGGAGCUCCUCUACAUGUAGUGAUGUGCUACAGUAUACACUCACAGAUGAUUGGACCAAUAGCCACACACAGAACAAAUGGACCAAUAGCAGCACACAGUUUGAAUGAACCAAAAGCAGCUCAUGGAACAAAUGGACCAAUAGCAGCACACAGAUCAAAUGGACCAAUAGCAAAUCAUGGAACAAAUGGACAAAUAGCAGCUCACAGAUUGAAUUGAUCAAUAGGAGCUCACAGAUUGAAUGGACCAAUAGAGCUCACAGAUUGAAUGGACAAAUAGCAGCACACAGAUUGAAUGGACCAAUAGCAGCUCAUGGAACAAAUGGACCAAUAGCAGCUCACAGAUAAAAUGGAUAAAUAGGAGCUCACAGAUUGAAUGGACAAAUAGGAGCAGACAGAUUGAAUGGACCAAUAGCAGCUCACAUUUCCCUGAUCAGAUCAAACUUCACCAUAUGUUUAUGUACCCCAUUUUAAAACACAACAAUUAUCUAUAAAUACAUAACAAUUAUCUAUGUUUUAGGCCUAAAAUAUGUUUUAAAAAAGUAACAAUCAAUUUCCAAUGGUGUACAAUACAACAUUAAAAAACCUAAAGCAUACACUUCUAAAAUACAUUUCUAAAGGACGGACACGCGUACAGAAACAUUUGGAAAAAGGCAUUUUCUAAACGACUCAAACAGAACACAGAUCUAUCUUGGUUGCUUGGUUCCUUUAUAAUAAGCCAACGGGUAGACACUGUAGAUGUUGUACAGAGGUUGGCCACAAGAUGACGCCGUAACAACACUGUUUUACCUGAGACGGGACGACCGUACAGAGAGACCAUUUUUUUAUUGUAUGUUUGCUCUGUGUUGGACUGGAAUAAAUCACAGUGCUGCGGACGGUCACCUUUAGAGGACGCAAAUAUGACCUACCGAAGAUAUUGUGUUCACAUUGGGUACAUUCCAGUGCUCCACUUAAACAGGAAAUCGUGUUCAGAAAGUUAUAUUCUUACAGAAUGUAAAUGAAAUAUCAAUUAUAUUUAUUUAUGAUGUAAAUGUAAUGUAUCUAUCUGUAUUUACCAUUUCAAUAUUUUGUGUUUUGAUUGAGGCCAUAUACUGUAAAUAUAGUGUGCAUAUGAAAAAAACAUAAAUUACUGAUUGCAUUGACAGAAAGAGGGGAUGGGGGGCGGUGGAGGGGAAGGAGAAAUAGGAAUUAAAGGUAGAUGUGGAAGUAGAAUUAAAACAGGGAAUGAAUCAAAUAAACUGAAAAUGAUAUGGCACUUUGGCGAACCCUUCAGGUCACCAGAGGUAACUUCAACAACGGCCCCCACUUACCCUGUGUGUUGAAAUACCAACUGGCCUCCUUCAGCAGACAGAUGAGCGGUGGGAGGGAUGCUGGAGCUGGGAGUAGGCAGGUGGGCACACAGCAGGACAUGGCCUUGAUACGCUUGGCUAAUUUGUGUGAGAAAUCUCAGAGUGUAAAUAAGCUUGAUAACCCAUCUCAUGCACAGAACCUGAUGCAUGGCGAACUGGAAAUGAAAAUUGAUUUAAAUUAUUAUUAUUAUAAUUAUAAUAAUCACAAGAUGUGUUUAGUAUAAUAAAAUUAUCGUUGGAGAAGAAUAAUGGAUGAGGACUAAUUAGUAUGCUGAUUAAAUAU